GCUGAUGGAGGCAGAGCUUCCUGUCUCUCUACAUCUCAGUGCACUGAGAUAUAAUUGAGCGCAGUGAAAGCCGUGCAUUCAUUCAAAGACUCUGAGCAGCGCUGCUGAAGCCUGGGGGCUCAGUAGUGAUUCAGCAGCAUCUCGGAGCAGUGGAUAGGAGAAAGAGACAAUAAAGACCUAAAGAAAAGGGUGGGAGAAAAGAAGACCAGACGAGCUGAUGUUUCCUUGGCAAAACCAUGCCAAAACCGAUUUUUGAAAACUUCUCCUCGCUUUGAUAAAGAUCUGCUCAAAAUUCCUCUCAACUCCCGGAAAUUCGGAUCUCACUGGAUUGUCGCGCAUCAUCGAGCGCACCGGACCUUAAGUGGUGUGAAGGUAGUGCUUUGCGUUAUUUGAGACUUAAAGUGAUUGUGUGAGAGAGAGCUGGGAGAGGAUCAGCCGAAGUGGCCGACCAUUCAGAAGGAUGCUGGAGGGCAAUGCCUGCAGAAAGAGAGGAUGAGAUUUGUCAAAAGGCGCUGGAAUUGCUGUCCGACCUGUGCUCCAAGGGGGAGGUACAGGAUGACAACUGCCUGGAUUUCAUUUACUACUUCAGGGACCUGGCCAGACCGCGUUACACAGACUCAGAUGUAUCUGUGAGCCUGUUGUCCUUGCUGGUGACCACCUGUGGUCUGGCUCUCUUCAGCGUCUCAGUCUUUGUGUCAUGGAAGUUGUGCUGGGUGCCACUGAGUGGCCGCUUUCUCCCAGAUGUCCUCAAGGGGGCUCACUUCCUGGGAGGAGACCAACAACCAGUCCUAACAGAGGUGGAUGGAGACGAAAGGGAGUACAGUGAAGAUGGUUGUGUGAAGGAGCCCAUUGGGCCACCCCCAUCUAUUGCUGUACCAGAGUCGGCCCUGAAGAUUAGCCACACAUCGCCUGAUAUCCCACUGGAGGCUCAGGCCAAGUUGGAGAUAAACCAGAUCCACACUCUGGCCAGGGACAGGGUUCAAAGGCAAAUUACUGAGCCCACCUCCUCUGUACGGCACAACUCCCUUCGUCGUCAGUUGAACUUGUCGAAUCCAGACUUCAAUCCUGCUCAGUUCCAGCGUCAGGAGUCUCUCUCUGGUUUGGGCAGAAUCAAACCAGAACUCUACAAGCAGCGCUCUGUGGAUGCUGAAGACGGUCGUCACUCUGACAGCUGUGGGCGUCUGCACUUUGUCCUGAAGUUUGACUUUGACUUGGAACAACUGAUAGUGAAAAUCCACAAGGCCCAGGACCUCCCAGCCAAGGACUUUACAGGAACCUCAGAUCCAUAUGUUAAGAUCUACUUGUUGCCAGACCGCAAAAAUAAACACCAGACAAAGGUGCACCGCAAGACACUCCACCCAGUGUUUGAUGAGGUGUUUCUCUUUCCUGUGGAGUAUGCUGAGCUGUCUAGCCGCAAACUGCAUUUUAGCAUAUAUGACUUUGACAGGUUCUCUCGCCAUGAUUUGAUUGGCCAAGUGGUGGUGGACAACUUCCUGGAUCUUGCCGACUUUCCCCGGGAGACAAAACUGUGCCGGGAUAUACAGUAUGUAACCUUGGACAAUGUGGACCUGGGAGAGCUGAUGUUCUCAUUGUGCUAUCUUCCCACGGCUGGUCGGCUCACCAUCACCAUGAUCAAAGCAAGAAAUCUCAAAGCCAUGGACAUCACUGGAGCUUCAGAUCCAUAUGUUAAAGUGUCCCUGAUGUGUGAUGGUCGGAGGUUAAAAAAAAGGAAGACAUCAACCAAACGUAACACUCUGAACCCAGUCUACAAUGAAGCCAUCGUGUUUGAUGUUCCUCCUGAGAACAUUGACCAGAUCAGCCUGCUCAUAGCUGUCAUGGACUAUGAUCGGGUCGGGCAUAAUGAAGUGAUUGGGGUUUGCAAAGUGGGAAGUGAGGCAGAGACUUGGGCGAGACCACUUGGGCGAGACCACUGGAAUGAGAUGCUGACAUAUCCACGGAAACCAAUUGCACACUGGCAUCCUCUCAUAGAGUGGGUUGGACAGGGAGCAGUGGGGAGUGGAUCCACCAACUCCCUGAAGACACCACCAUCACCAUGACUGCUCACAACUACAACGAAAAACACGUCUUCACUUGCACAAACUCAGAGACAAAAAUACACAGUCUCAGGUGAUAUACGGCUAGUUGGUGGACAUAAAGAAAGUUCUUCUUGAAUGUUAAAACAUACAAGGUGUGAUUAACCCCAGUUGUAACAUCAGCUGAAAGCCAUACACAAACUUGUAUCACUAUUGAACAAGGCUAUACGGUGAGUAAGGUAACUAACUUCCUCCCCCUCACAACCAAAAACACUUAACAACAUUCCAAAUGAACUAUAACAAAUAUUGUAUUUGUUACUGACAGUAUUAACAUGUUGAAUUCUGUAGAAAGUAAUGCCUUUUAAGUAACUUACAGUUUGUGGACCAAUAUCAAUCAUUUUUAGAUAAUUGAAGAUAUAACUUGUGAUCUGAGUGGUAAGCUAUGAAGUAAUAUUUAGAGAUGUCAGUUUAAGAGAGUAUUAGCUUUUCAAAAUUGUGUUUGGCUGUGAUGUAGAAUAUUCCAGCUUUACUUGCAUCAAUAAAGUGUUAAAAUAACUUUUUGGCAGCAAUAGCAGCCAUGAAGUUUCAUCUCAUUAAGCUUAGUUUCAGCUCUAUUAGUGACUAUCUCACUAACACUUCCUGAAAAUAUUUAGAAUAAAAUGAUUUACUUUAAGAAUGUGUAAAUCCACUGACAGAAAUUACAUGAAGUGUACUAUUUACUGCAUGUUUAUUGUCACAUUUUGUAAACAGGGGUGUGGUCAAAAUAAGGGAAAUGCAAUUCUGAUAGUCUAGACCUUUUCAUUGAAAGAAUAAUAAAUAAUGGCUGUUAUGAGGAGGACAACGUGAUCCUCCAAACCUGGAGACCUCAGGUGGACAGCCUGAGGCCUGGACAAGGGCAGACCUGGAGACCUCAGGCUGGUGGCAUUGGGCGAGGGCAGAGGAUGAUCAUGUAUCCUCAGGCAGACAACUGCCAGUUGGCCUGUUAGGGGGGCAAGGCAGAAAUAAAGCAGGGGUUGGUCUAGGCUGGAGGAACUAGAGCAACAGGGACAUCUAGGAGUUCUUAGGAAGUUGGACGGACCAAUGGAGAGCAGGGCAGGACAUCAGAGCUAGUAGUGCUAAGAGGAAGGCGCGUCUGCAGAUUUGAGGAGUGGCUUAUAGACAACUGACUGAGGGGACAUUUGGGCUACUAAGACCUUGUGGCUUGGUUUGACAAGUUUGGUAGUUUGAAUUUAAUGUCAUUUUGCUUAAAGCUAAGAUGUGAAACUACAAAAUAACAUUGAUGAAUUUGCAGACGAACAAAGGAUUUGGAUAAGUUCACCUUUUAAUUGGCUGAUGAUUGAAUCAGGUAAAGGAUGGGGAACUAGGUGUGUAGCAAGGAUAAAGGGAAUGUAAAGAUUACAGUGACCAUGCAAAUUCCAAUCUUUACAGUCACUGAGUCAUAGACUUACAGGUGUGUUUCUGCUAUGUGUGUGAAGUGCUUAGUGUUGUCCUUUUGUUCAAUUUGUGCAUGAGGGCUCAGAUUCUUAACUCAUUUUCUAUCAGUCCUCAUAUCUAAAGAAUUUCCUCUGGGAGUAGGCCUUUUAUUUAUUUUUAUUGCAAAAGCUGAUGUGAUGAACGCUUAUGUUCAGCCCCCUACUACAUAGAUAUUUGUGUAUUGAUAUAAUGUUUUAAAAUAAAUUUAAACAACGACAUUGACAGGAGAAAAAAUCAGAUUAGUGUAUCUGUAAGUGGCAACAUGCAGUUAAUUACUAGUGAUUAUUUAUUUAAAGUGAUAUGGUUGUUUGUGUUUUUCAGUCAAAAAGGAUUUCUAUUGACCUAUGGUGGUUUGCUAAAAUAUAUAGAAACAAUCUUGCUCCCAGAUGUGUUAUGUCAUGAAAGUGUUUCAUUCUUUAUUUUUCUACGACUCUCUCACUGCACACCUGAGUAUAAAUAAUGAGGAGUUAGUGCUGAGGCUUUAGGGUGGGCUGUGGCAUUGGACCAGUGACUGCAGGGCCUAUAACACUGGUUUCCAAAGUGGGGGAGCCACCAAGAGGGGGGGAAGCGGCCUUCCAAAAAAACUGUAGAAUUUUUUAAUUAUUUAAAAUUGUAUAUUUUAGACAUUAUUUUAAAAUAUAUCAAAAAGAAGUUCAUCUUCAAAUACAAAAACCAAAUCAUUAAGUGAAAUAAAAAUGUAAUUAACGUGUAAAAAUACUUAAAAUGUAAGUUUUUGCAUGACAGCAACGUCAUUAAACAUUAAGAUGCACACAGUGUCUUUUUAUUAUGUUUUUUAUGAACACUCAGUACUUAAGUCUAUACAUGAAAAUUACUUGUAUUCUGCUUCAGCUUUUUUACAAUAAAUAAUAAUGAUAAGGCUUUUAGGUUGUUGUAUUCUUUUGUGUUAGUGUUUGGAUAGGCCUACAGUAUUAGUUCUUGGUUGUGGCUGUGCACCACGUUAUACACAUUAACCUCCUCCAGGGACAGUGGGGGUCCAUAGUCUAUGGCACCCUUAUUUUGGGGGUCCCAAGCUGAAAAGGCAGGGAACCCCUGGCCUAUAAGAGGUCCUGAGCAGGUUUUGUUCAGGAUAACAGAUCAAUGACCAUCACACUCUUCAGGAUGGAGGUAUAUAAGCUGAUUGUUUAGAGAGUGUUAAACUGAUAUCAUACUACAUUAGAGACUGAUAAAUGCACCAAAGCCUCGCACUGAUUUGACUUUAAGAUAUCAAAUGAAGUGUACUAACUGCAUUUGCUUAUGUUUUCACGUUAUUUUUUAAGAUCUGCACACAUCUUUGAUCACAACAGGGCUUCAGCUGAGAUAACACAUCUUAAAUGAUCAAACAUGUCACAAGAAUUCAUCUGUGCAACAGGUUGAUUGAUGCAAAGUGACACACGCAGUCUUCAUUUUUCUUUUCUGUUAAGUCUUCCUGCCUUAGUUUAUAAAAUAUUAGUAUCUGCUGAUGGGAGAGGAAUUUUUUCAUACACAGAAAAUUAAUAAAAAACGUAAACAACAAAAUUAACAACACAAAAUAAAUCUGCUUGAUGAUUGCAAGACAAUAGCAGAUAAGUGUCACAAAUGCGGCUGAACCCAAAUGCAGACCAGACAGAUAAGGUGUCAUAAAGAUGUUUUAUUGUCAAUAUGCAGGGGGGGUGGGGGGUGAAAUUGAGUGAAAUUGUGCAUCAGCACAAUCCUGCUGGUUUGUUUUCCCCUUUGAUUUAGACCACACCCUUUGGUUGCUUUGAUAAGCCAGUGUUUAUUGAAAUUUGGAUUGAUUACAGAACUGUUUAUGUCUUUGUAUUUGACACUGUCACAAAUAACUUCUUUCUAUGUUUGUAGGUACAAUGCAUGCAUUAUGUUUUUGAGUAAUUAUUAAAAACUUCUGUUGUGAGUUACUAAUGAAACUGUAAACACACAAUGUAUUAUGAUCAUAAGAGAGACUGUUUAAACUGUUCAUUCAGAUGUUAAUAAAUAUUUC